UCCCUCUCUCCGACGUCCCUACCUCACCAAGAAAAAGGAAAGAAAAAUACUAUAUAUAAGGCUACUCUCUCUAUCUCUCGGUAUGCAUUUCUUUUCUCUCUCAGAGUGGAGGACUCUUUGUAUCCAUAACUACUUGUGUUUCGUCACUUGCUGCGGAGGCGAAUAGAUAAAAGGAAAGGAGGAGAGAGUCUCCUGAGCUUUCCCUUCUCUUUCUUGUUCUCUUUUCUUCUCUUUUCAUAUUUCCUUUGGAUUGCGUCUGUGCUCUUCCUUCCGCCAUCCCUUCCUUUGAUUCCGCGUUCUAUACCCCUCUCUCUCUCUCAUUCUCUUUCUUUAUCUCUUUCGUUCACAGGUAUAAAUGCACACACAAAUUACAUAAUAUCUUCUUGUAGUAAAGCCCAACAACAUGCACUUGGAUUGCUCUGUUUUCUUCAGAUCGGACCUCCUCGUUGUUCCAUCUGCUGUUGUUGCAGUUUCCAAAUUUGAGCUGAACAAAAGAAGAAUGAGAUAUUAGACGUUUUGUUUGCUGUCAAUUCCUCUCAGUCUUGAUGCUUCUGCUUUCUUGAAAGCUGAAUAAUUUGAGCAAAGAAGAAGAACGAGAAGAGAGAGAGAGAGAGAGAGGAAGAAUGGCCGCGACGGAUCUGAUGAAGUACGCGCACAGCCCGGCCCACAGGGCCGUGCUCGCCCGCGACUACGCCGGCCUCAAGCGCGUGCUCGCGGCGCUGCCCCGCCUCGUUGACCCAUCGGCCAUCCGCACGGAGGCGGCGUCCGUCGCGGAGGAGGAGAAGGCCGACGCCAUCUCCGGCGUCAUCGACCGCCGCGACGUCCCCAACCGAGAGACCCCGCUCCACCUCGCCGUCCGCCUCGGCGACGCCGCCGCCGUCGAGAUGCUCAUGGCCGCGGGCGCCGACUGGAGCCUCCAGAACGAGCAGGGCUGGAGUGCGCUCCAGGAGGCCAUCUGCGCCGGCGAGGAGAACCUAGCCAAGAUCAUCGUCCGCCACUACCAGCCCCUCGCCUGGGCCAAGUGGUGCCGCCGGCUGCCGCGAGUGGUCGCCACCAUGCGCCGGAUGCGGGACUUCUACAUGGAGAUCACCUUCCACUUCGAGAGCUCCGUGAUCCCCUUCAUCUCCAGAAUCGCCCCCUCCGACACUUACAAGAUCUGGAAGCGGGGGUCGAACCUGCGGGCCGACAUGACGCUGGCCGGAUUCGACGGCUUCCGGAUUCAGCGCUCCGACCAGAGCAUCCUCUUCCUCGGGGACGGAUCGGAGGACGGGAAGGUGCCGCCCGGAUCCCUGUGCAUGAUCUCUCACAAGGACAAGGAGGUGAUGAACGCUUUGGACGGAGCGGGCACGCCGGCCACCGAGGCGGAGGUCCACCAAGAAGUCAAGGCGAUGUCCCAGACGAACAUCUUCCGGCCGGGGAUAGACGUCACGCAAGCCGUGCUACUUCCGCAGUUGACGUGGAGGAGACAGGAGAGGUCGGAAAUGGUCGGGCCGUGGAAAGCAAAGGUUUACGAUAUGCAUAACGUGGUGGUGAGCGUCAAGUCCAGGCGAGUGCCGGGAGCGAUGACCGAUGAGGAGUUAUUCUCGGCCUGCAACAACAACGAGACUGAGAGCGAAGAGUUCGAAGACAUCUUGACGGAGGAGGAGCGGAAGCAAUUGGAGAAAGCACUCAAAAUGGAAUCCCCUGAGGUGAUCGACCAAGUCCAAUCCGAUGUCCAUGUUGCUCGCCGGCAUAGUUGCUAUGAGCCCAGGGACAUACCGAUUGAGGAUGCUAGUAGUAGCAGUAAUGGUGAGAGUAGACAAGAUAGGAAAAGUUGGUUUGGUAAUUGGGGAAAGAGAGCCAAUUAUAAUGGGCAGAAGAGGGUUAUGCCUCCAAGGAGUUCACUGUGUGCAGAGGAGAAGGUGAGUGAUCUCCUGGGCGAUUCUCCAUCUCAGAACCAGAGUAUGCCUGGAAGGCAUUCGGUAGAGGUUGUGAACAGGAUGGAAGAUCAUAGGAGGGGAAGAGAUAGGGAUUCCAAAAGACCUGCAACAACCUCCGAAAAUGGAUACAGACGAAAAGAGAACAGCAAAGAGAGUGAAUAUAGAAAAGGUUUAAGGCCUGUUCUGUGGCUCUCUCCUGAUUUUCCACUUCGGACGGAAGAGCUAUUGCCGCUGCUUGAUAUUCUAGCGAACAAGGUCAAGGCAAUUCGUCGUCUGAGGGAUCUUCUUAUGACAAAGCUCCCUCCUGGAGCAUUUCCAGUAAAGAUUCAUUCACAUGAGCUAGAUUUCCACUCCAUCACUGGUUUACUGUAAAUUACUUUAUGCGGGAGUAUCAGUCUAUCUUCAGUAAUGGUGUUUCUAAGAUAUAAUCUGCCAUGCUGUCACAUCAGUUCUGUAAACAACCCUGCUUAUUCCUUUGUUUCUAAUCGUAGUAAAUUUUGUUCUAAAGCCAUUAACUAACAUACCAACUUAGACAUGCUUGGUCUACUAUGUCCAUCUGCAACUUUAAUAUAUAUCCAGCACAUGCUUGGAAUAGUGACUCAAAUUGCCUAGGACGUCAGUGUCCUAAUAUAUCACCAGUAGAGAAAGUCGAGUGUUCACAAAUUGUAGGUGCCAAAAAGGAAAGAGGAAAAGCAAUGGAGACUUGAAGAGACACAGGAGCAAGGACUUAAUAAACACUGCUUGAUCUUGGAUGUGUCUCACAUUAGCUCCAAGUGUUGCAUGAGGAUCUAUCUAGCUGUAACUUGAGGUUCUAGGUUUCUAGUGGUAUUGCUACUGUGGUUGCUGUAUCCUAUUAUUGGAGUUGAAAGAGAUAAAGCAUACCUUCUUAGUGUAGAUUACAUUAAGUAUCCUGAUCAAUAUAUUUCGACCAAUUCUUUGCUUAAUUGUUGUAGUUUUCAUUUGUUAUUUUUGGGCUGAUCCAGUCCGCCGGAAGUUGUGAGGGGAAAAGCUUUUCCUAUAGGAGAGUCCUUUGUACAUGCUAAAGUUGGAGGUUCUUUUAGUUCCUCUAAAAAGAAUUUGGUUCUUGUUCACAUUUUAUGCGAGUACAUCUUUUUCUGAAUAUUGAGGUGGAAUUGGAUGUUUAUUCCAGGACUUAUUUCCGAUGUAAUAUGUUACCUGGUAUGUAGUAUAUGAUGCGCCUCUAAUCAUCCCAAGUCAUAGUUAAGGACAACAUCCAAAUAUCAUUUCCUUUUGUGGAUUCUUCAUAUUCAUCAGUUUUUCAACUCUAGGAGUGUAGCAGCUAUAGACAAGCUCGCUUUGGAACUUUUACAUUUAUAGAAACUUGCACAUCACUCAAUAAACCUGGCAUCUUGUGAUGCAUCAUUAUUUGUCACAAUGGAGAAAACAAUUUAAGUGAUCGGAUACUAGAAUGUUAUUUUGCAACCAUACUAUAUGCCCAAACUAUAUUUGCAGAUUGAUAUCGUUGUGAGUUUGUCUCAGGAUUUCUCGAGUUUCAUAUGCUUUUAUGCUUUUCACUAUCUUAUUACAAAUAACUAAAUAAUUAAUGAAACCUAUUGCUGACAGGUCAGAAUUUUUGGGAUGUUAAAGUAAAUUUUUGGCAAGUAAUUGCUUGUGUAACUUUUGUAAAGAAUGAUUCAGGAGAAUGUGAUGAGACUUCUUUGA